AUGAUCAUUAUCUAUCUAUCUAUCUAUCUAUCUAUCUAUCUAUCUAUCUCAGUCUUGAUCAUUAUCUAUCUGAACAUGAUCAUUAUCUAUCUAUCUAUCUAUCUAUCUAUCUAUCUAUCUAUCUAUCUCAGUCUGUUGAUUAUCUAUCUAUCUAUCUAUCUAUCUAUCUAUCUAUCUCAGUCUUUUCAUUAUCUAUCUGAAAGUGAUCAUUAUCUAUCUGAACAUGAUCAUUAUCUAUCUAUCUAUCUAUCUAUCUAUCUAUCUAUCUAUCUCAUCUUUUUCAUUAUCUAUCUGAAAUCUAUCUAUCAUUAUCUAUCUCAGUCUGUUGAUUAUCUAUCUAUCUAUCUAUCUAUCUAUCUAUCUAUCUAUCUAUCUAUCUAUCUCAGUCUUCUGUUGAUUAUCUAUCUAUUCUAUCAUCUAUCUAUCUAUCUAUCUCAGUCUUUUCAUUAUCUAUCUGAAAGUGAUCAUUAUCUAUCUGAACAUGAUCAUUAUCUAUCUAUCUAUCUAUCUAUCUAUCUAUCUCAGUCUGUUGAUUAUCUAUCUAUCUAUCUAUCUAUCUAUCUAUCUAUCUAUCUAUCUAUCUAUCUAUCUAUCUCAAUAUGUUCAUUAUCUAUCUGUCUGUCUAUCUAUCUAUCUAUCUAUCUACUCAUGUCUCUACGCUAUUUUGGUGUCAGAUUAGCGGAAUAA